AUGGAACCCCUCUAUCAGGCUGGGUCCAUUCUCAUGAAGGUGAACACCUUACAGGGGAAGAAGAUGGUGGAGAGUGGUCUCCAGUCUGGAGACUUCUCGCUCCCCCAGUUGUGGCCCUCCUGCGUCCUGCCGCCAGCUGACCUGGAGAUCCUGCAGCAGAAGGUGGCCGGGGUGCAACGGGAGCUGGAGGACUUCAAGAAGGAGGCACUGAGGGCCAUCCAUCGCCUGGAAGACGCCUUCUGCAAGAUGAACGGGACCCUGGCGCAGCAGGAGGGGCAGGCGGCCCACGUGAGGCAGCGGCUGAGGGAAGGGGAGGACCGGGGCAUCAUGCGGAACAAGGUCCUCACCUUCCUGCUGCCCCGCGAGAAGCAGCUCCGGGAGCACUGCAGGCGGCUGGAGCGCCUGCUGCUGGGCGGGAUCUGCGCGGCACUGGGCAUCCCCGGGAAGAUCCAGGCCAACUGA